AUGGACUGCAAGUCGUACCACCAAGCCGCCCAUCUUGAAGGAGUGUUGUCACGCUUCGUCGGCAUCGAAUCUGCUACAGCCAAAAGGGUGUUCACCGGUGCACACCCAUGCCAGGGAAUGUACUGGACACCCACCGGCGCAAAGCCACCAGUUGCUUUCUUUUUGGUUCAUUACAGCACAGACUUCACUGAACACUACCUCGCUGGCCCUCUCUCUGCGCGUGGCUAUGGUGUUCUAGGCUUCAACACGCGCUUUCGAGGCAAUGAUGAGGUCUUCAUCCUAGAGGAAGCGCUGGAUGACAUUGCGGCUGGGAUGCAGUGGCUCCGUGACAUUGGUGGAGCAGAGAAAAUUGUCUUCAUUGGAAACUCAGGCGGUGGUUCUCUCGGAGCCGCUUACCAGGCCACAGCGCAGCAAAAUCCGUCUUGGGUGGCUGCAGACGCAUUCAUUUUCCUCAAUGCCCAUUUAGGGCGUCCGGACGGAUUGACCAACUGGUUGGAUCCGUCUGUCGUCGACGAAAAGGACCCUGUCAAGACCGAUGCCUCUCUCGAUAUGUACAAUCCCGCCAAUACGGUUCCGUACUCGAAGGAGUUCAUUAGCCGCUACCGAGCUGCUCAGAGGGAACGCAACCAAAGGAUCACAGAUUGGGCAAAGGCCGAGCUGAGACGUCUGAAUGACGUCGGUAUCCCGGACCGCAUUUUCCCGAUCUAUCGUGCCACGGCUGAUUUGAGGUUCAAUGACCCGACAAUUGAUCCUUCCAACCGGACGACUCCAUCUAGCUAUCUCGGAGAUCCUGCGAAGGCAAAUCGUGGCAUUCCUCUCUUUGGUCGCACCACUACCCUCCGUACCUGGCUAUCUAUGUGGAGCCUCGAGGACUCGAAGUGCAGGCUCGAGCCUUACUUAUCAGAGUUACACCUGCCAACGUUCGUCAUCCAGGGCGAUGCGGAUGCUGGGAUAUUCCCUCCGGAGGCUCGUCAUAUCUACAACCUUGUCGCCGCGCAAGACAAGGAGCUGAAGAUGGUGCCGGGUGGGCAUAUAUUCACAUAUGAUCCCGAAAACCUCCGCAAUGUGAUCAAUGUGAUCCAAGAAUGGGUUAGCCAGAAGCUUUGA